GGGAGGGGAUCGCCUCGACUCGACUCGCUUCCAGGUCCAGCCAUGGAUGUUCGGGGAUCCCUUGCGCUCCUGGUGGCUGCCUGGAGCUGCUCCUUCUCCCGGUCCUCGCGCUUCCCCCCCCACCUGGUCCAGUUGAGCUCCCGGCGCAGCACCUGCAAGCCCCUGCCGAGCAGCCUGAGCCUGUGCCACGGCGUGGGCUACGGGGAGAUGCGGCUGCCCAACCUCCUGGGCCACGACACCAUGAAGGAGGUGCUGCAGCAGGCGGCCUCCUGGGUGCCCCUCCUGGCCAAGCAGUGCCACCGGGACACCAAGAAGUUCCUCUGCUCCCUCUUUGCCCCCGUCUGCAUCAGCGAGCUGGACCACGAGCCCAUCCUGCCCUGCCACUCUCUGUGCCGGGCCGUCCGGGACGGCUGCGCCCCUGUCAUGGCCGCCUUCGGCUUCCCCUGGCCGGAGAUGCUGAACUGCAGCCGGUUCCCUCAAGGCAACGAGCUGUGCAUCCCUCCGGUCAGCCCAGAGGAAAAGACGCAGCUCCUUCGGGAAGAUGUGGUGUGCGCACCCUGCCUUGAUACCGGACAUGGCGAGAAGGAAUUCCUGGAAAACGUUUGCACCCAGGAUUUUGCUUUGAAAAUGAGCAUUAAAUUCGUGUCAGGCGUCGAAGGGGACCUGAAGGUGGUUCCGGAGCUCAGGAGCCGCACGCUUUACAAGCAGGACGGCUGGUCAGAAGAGGAACGGAGGAAGCCGGUCCUCUGGUUGGCCGAUGGGGAGACAUGCUCCUGCGAGGAGCUGGCGGUGGGUCCAGGCUCCGUGGUCCUGGCCACCGGGAACCGGGUGGCCGGGCGGCUCAUCCUCUCCUGGGUGAGAAGGUGGCAGCGAGGGGAGAAGGAACUGAAGCGGUUCUCCCGGGCCGUUCGGAAGCUGCAGUGUUAGAGGGCGGGGGCUGCCGUCACCGCCCCCAACCCCUCUCCUCCCUCCUCUCCCCUCCCCACUUAUCUUCCCAGUUUGAGCCAGAUCAAAUAGUUUAGUCCGGCUCUAGGCCAUCCAGGGAAGCCCUACAGUUCCUCCAUAUCCUGGAAAAUGUGCCUAGGCUCCAAGGGAAGAGAUCCCCAGAGGAGCUGCCAUUUUCUGCAUGACUCUUAUGGGCCUGAUUCCUUGGAGAGUCAACUCGUGAGCACCCGGGUUCCCUGGAAACCUGUCCUCCGGGGAAAAAACCCUGAUGAGACGAAGCUGGAGAGUCAAAGAGCAACUUUCACCAGGUGACCUGAUCUGUAUUUCUUCAGCAGGUCCAUAGUUUUUUUUCCCCUCCAAAGGCACAGAGAGGGUACUGUAUUUCCUUGAGCCAAAUCCAGAUCUUUGAGGGUGUAGCAAGGAAAAUGAUUCCAUAGCAGGGGAAAUGCAGAGUGAUCUGUUGUGGAGUCACACCCAGCAACCUGGGUUUCCCAGGGUGAAUUUGCUUUAUCAGAUGACACAGGAGUCAAGAGAGAGAGACAGCAGAGGAAAUUACCAAUCUACCCUUCGCAGUGUCUUGCUAGGGUGGCUCUGGUGUAGCUGUCCAGAUUUGCAGGAGGCAGGGCAACAGUGGAGCUACCUUAAAAUGCAAACAAGGGCUGGCUGCCAAUUUCCUCCUCUCUUCCAUUUCCCCCCUUGCUCAGUCCCCCUACUCUUUUGUCUCCAGCUGCUUGAGCACACCUGCACUGGCUCCAAUAUUUUAAAAGGGUGGGACAACCCACAUUUGGAGACAAAGGGGUGCUCAGUUGAGGGGAAUUGAUACCCCCACAAGCAGUCCUUUGCUUUCUCUCUCCCCAUCUUAAACCAGGAAGCUGGGAGAGCCCAUUGCAUUGAAUCUAGUGCCUCACACCGCCUGAACUGAUGCAGAUGCAUUUGAUUUUUUUUAAAAGUCCAAGCCCCAGAGGUGGAGGGGAAAAGUAUGGAUGGUGGAGGUGGUGGAAUUCCAGGCUGAUUCACACUGACUUGUUCACCACGGAAGCAUGAGAAAAUAAUGCGAAUCCGACUAUUCCGGUCUCAGAACAUUUUCCAUAUUAUUUGUCAAUGUCACCCCACCCUGAGUCUUCCAAGAUGCCCUUGCCCCUGUGUCUUCGGCAGCUUUCCGGCUUCCCUCUUGUAAAAGACUGGAAUUUUGCUAAUGAACGUCUGCCCUUUUGCCUUUAAACUAUCCGAUUGUUUUUUAGUUUUUACUUUGUUGCUAGUUUAUGUUUAGCUGACAUUUAGUUUUGAUUUUGAAUAUCAUUGUGUUUACUGUAUUUUCUUACAGUUUAUCUGUUUUUUUAGUUAUAAACUGCCCAGAGAGGCUCUGGGAGCCAUAGGUGGUAUAAAAGUUAAAUAAAAUAAAAUAAA